AUGCUGGCUAGUAGAGUUUUAAAUUUGUAUAAACUGUCUAGUGUGUCUCUUGAGACGCCAAUACAAUAUGUUAAUAAAAUAAAAAAAUGUGGAAAUAUACAGAAGAUACGCUUAUGUCAUUUAAUAACUUAUAGAUGUAAACAAACACUUACACCUCGCCAAAAUCAACAAGUAGUCAGAGAUGAAAUCAAGACAUUACCAAAUUGCAAUACAUUUACGUAUAGGACUCAUACAUGUGGUGAGCUUCGAUCAAUUAAUAUUGGAGAAAAAGUGACACUAUGUGGUUGGGUGCAGUAUUUACGCCUGAAUAAAUUUCUUCUUUUAAGGGAUUCCUAUGGCAUUACUCAAUGUAUAAUCAACAAUGAUAGUAUUAAUUUGAAUGAUAUCCCUUUGGAAACAAUAGUGAAAAUAGAUGGUAAAGUGCAGGCAAGACCAACAGCCGCGAUAAAUAAUAAUAUGACUACUGGUGAAAUAGAGGUUGAUAUUGAUAAGUUGGAAAUACUAAAUAUAGCCGAAAAUGUACCAUUUAACUUGAGGGACUACCAAAAACCUAAGGAACAACUAAGGUUGCAGCACCGCUAUAUAGAUUUAAGGUUUCCUAAAAUGCAACAAAACUUAAGACAAAGGUCUUUGAUGCUUCACAAUAUGAGGAGAUUACUGGUUGAGAAGCAUGGAUUUGUUGAAGUUGAAACGCCAACCCUUUUUUGUCAAACUCCAGGAGGAGCAAGGGAAUUUGUUGUUCCCACCCAUCAUGCUGGGUUGUUUUACUCCUUAGUACAAAGUCCACAACAGUUUAAGCAAAUGUUAAUGGCGGGAGGCUGUGAUAGAUAUUUUCAAAUUGCAAGAUGCUAUAGAGAUGAAAGCACGAGACCUGACAGGCAACCAGAGUUUACUCAACUUGAUAUAGAACAAUCAUUCACUAAUUUAGAUAAUAUCUUAACUAUGGUUGAAGAAUUACUCUAUGAGACAGUGAUAAAAGAGCUUCCUAAGCCACCUUUUAUGCGAAUGACUUACAAGGAUGCUUUGGAAAACUAUGGCACUGAUAAACCAAAUAUGACAUAUGAGUUGAAGAUAAAAAAUGUCACAAAUUUAUUUAGUGAAAGCAAUGAUUGUGUGGAUCUUAAAGCUUUUGCUUUGCCAUAUCCUAGUAAAUUAGGAAAAUUAACUGCAAAGUAUAAAGAAAAAUUAAGUGAAUUGAAGAAAAAAUAUACAGUAAGAAUUAUUUUAAAUGAAAAUAUUUCUAAAGAACUUUCAACAGACUUAAGUGAUAAAAUACAAAACAUUGUUGGUGAUUGUAACUCAUCAGUUAUUGCUAUUGGUGAGAAUGAGCAAGUGUGCUUAUGUUUGGGAGAAGUUAGGGAACUUUUAAGGGGAUUAUUACAAUCAAAAGGGCUUAUUGAGGUCAAAGAAGGUAUUGUACCAUUAUGGGUGGUGGAUUUUCCUUUAUUUGUGAAGGGCGAAAAUGGAUUAGAAACAUGUCACCAUCCAUUUACAGCACCACAUCCUGAUGAUAUGCAUUUGUUGGAUUCCGAACCACUAAAAGUUAGGUCGUUGGCUUAUGAUAUUGUUAUGAAUGGGAAUGAAAUUGGAGGUGGCUCUGUCCGAGUUCAUAAUGUUAACCUGCAAGAAAAACUAUUAAAAAUGCUGAACCUAGAUUCAAAUAAACUGACUCAUUUUAUGAAUGCUUUGAGAAGCGGAUGCCCACCUCAUGCUGGAAUUGCUCUAGGAAUUGAUCGGUUAAUGACAUUAACUUGUGAUGCUGACUCAAUUAGAGAUGUUAUAGCAUUUCCAAAGUCCCAUGACGGCAAAGACCCGUUGUCUGGUGCUCCAAAUGUAAUAUCCGAAAAUGACAAAAAGUAUUACCACAUAAAUAUAGUAAAGUAA